AUGAACGAUGGAUCUACUGUUUCUUUCUGGUUCGACAACUGGACAGAAUUUGGGCCUCUGAUCUCUUUCCUUGGUGAAUCUGGCCCCUCCUCUCUUCGCCUUCAUAAUGAAGCUAGAGUUUGCGACGCAAUUCAGGAUGGCUUUUGGAACUUCCGGGCUGCAAGAUCUGACAGAGCGGAAGAGGUCCUCAUUUAUGUUGCUUCUAGAGCUAUUCUGCAUCCCUCGGCUGGAUGUGGCCGGUAUCUCUGGAGAACCCCAUCUGGGAACUUCUCUAGCUCGUUUUCCUCAAAAGGAACCUGGGAUCAGCUACGGUCGGUCCCGAGAUUCUCUUUCCACCUAUGGCUUUCAUUCCAAAAGCGCCUUCCCUCAAGAGACAGGUUGCAUCGCUGGGGUCUACAGUGCUCCUUCUCCAGCUCCAUCUGGGUCUCAUUGGCUUCUCGUCUCGGACAUAACCCUCCGCUUGGCCUCCUAGCAAUCUCGCAAUGGAUUCCCCUUCUCUCUAUGCAACCGACAAGAUCUUCCCAGGCUGUUGCAAAGCUCCUUCUCCAAGUAACAGCGCAUCAUCUCUGGAGAGAAAGAAAUGCCCGUAUCUUCAACAUGACUUCCUCCUCUUCGGAUAUCAAAGCUCGCAUCGACCGCACUAUGCGGGAUCGUCUUCUAUCCUUCCCGGCUCGGGGCUCUAUUGCCACUCCUUCUCUGCUUGAGUUUUACUUUGGCUGUUUUUGCUGA